AUGAUUUUGGGUUACUGCCAAGUCAACAAGAGACUGUUGGACCUCAGUCAACAGUCAUGUAACUCUGUACAGCUUCAGAAAGGAGCCAGUGAGGUCAGCAAAACCCUCAGCAGAGGCGUCUCUGGGUUCAUUGUGAUGGCUGCAGGUGCUGAGCCUCUGGAGGUCACCCUGAAACUCCCUCUGUUGUAUGAAGACAAGAAUGUGCCCUAUGCAUUUAUGUGCUACAAGCAGGCCCUAUGGCAGGCCGAUGGGGUCAUCUCCAGGCCCACAGCUGACACAGCAGAUCUAAUCUAUUCAGCGGUCCACUGA